AAUUAAACCUGAGAACAGGGCGCCAUUUUGGUACUGACAAGGAAACAAAGCAGGAAGAAUAGUGUGCUAUAGUCUCUAAACCAGACUGUGAGAAAAAGACUCUACAGCAGACAUGACUGAAAAGGUGGAUAUGGCCCCGCCUCCAUACCCGGGGCAAGACCCAGGCCAGUCAGGAGCCCAGAUUCCGGGACAGCCUGUCGGGUACGAGCCACAGCCGGGACAACCUGCUGGAGAAUACGUGCAACCGCCGGGGCAGCCUAUGGUAUACCCGGGGAUGGGACCACCAGUGCCGCCUGGAGCAACCGUUUUCGUCCGCCAGGUUCCUGUGAUACCACCCGACCACCCUACACGCAGUAAGGACCCGGUGAGGAUGACUUGUCCAACCUGCCAGCAGAACAUCGAGACAACCAUCACCCGGGAGAUCGGGCUCUUCACGUGGCUGGCUGUGGGCUUUAUCUUCCUGAUGGGGUUUGCGCUCCCUCUUUUCUGGUUGGGAUGUUGCUUCAUCCCCAUGUGUAUCCCCAGCUGUAAGGACACCAGACACACCUGUCCUAACUGUGACACUCACCUGGGAACCUAUCAGAUCGCCAAGUAAACACCCGAAUUGUCUGAAGAUAAUUUGGUACCGGAUUUCGGUCCGAUAGUACCGAGAUGUCUUUAAGAAACUCUUGAGGAAUCGCGGUGCUCAAGGCACGGACAAAUAACUGUAUAAUUUUCCUCCACUACACCACCCGAUGUACAAUAGUCAAAAGUAGACUUAGUGUUUUCCUGCCCAAUUCGUGUAUUUGUAUGUAUGUAAUUGCCCUGUGUGUUUUUUGCCCAUAAACUGUAAAGUUGACACAUUUCAAGAGAACUAUUAACCCCUGCUAUGUUGAUUGAUUUAAAUAAAAUUGAAAGUGAAAAGAUGUCGAAUAUCACGUUUUGCUCGUUUAAAAUAAUAUGAUUAUUCUUUGUACUGUGAAUGAAGUGUAAUGGCGUUAAUGUUACUGAGAUAUAACAGAAAAUUGAACAUCUGGCUACAGUUACUGCAUAUACUAUUUGUAUUGGAUGUAUUACAAUAAAUAAACGCCUAUUGCAUCAUAUGUAAGUUCAUAAGAACGAUUGUGAUAUAGCAUUAUCACAAUUAUCUAGCGAAAAAAAGUGGGAACUUUUUUUUUUGUUUCACCCUAUGCAUUGUGUAUAGUGCUACAAAACUGAACAAUACAUGUGGCAUUUACUUGGACUGUGUGGCUACUACAUUGUUAACCAGGCUAAAAACGGAUUAUUGAAUGUGAUAAUGUUUGAGGCUCGAUUCUUUUUUAAAU